AUGUCUACCAAGACGGACGGCAUCAACACCAUCACCGUCUUCGGUGCUGGUCUCAUGGGCGCCGGCAUUGCCCAAGUCUCGGCCCAGGCUGGCCUCAAGGUCAUCCUUACCGACGUCACGGACAAGGCGCUCGAGAACGGCCUGAACAUUAUCAACAAGUCGGUCGCCCGCGUCGGCAAGAAGCAGCAGCCCGACGACAUCGAGGGCUUCACCCAGAAGGUCCUUGCCAACAUCACCACCACCACCGACGCCGAGCAGGCCGUCGCCUCGACUGACCUCGUUUGCGAAGCCAUCAUCGAGUCGAUCAAGGUCAAGCGCGACCUCUUCUCCUUCCUCGACAAGAAGGCUGGCGCCAACACCAUCUUCGCCUCCAACACUUCAUCGCUCGGCAUCUCCGAGAUCGCUGAGAACUGCACUGAGGAGCGCAAGGCUCUCUUCGGUGGCCUCCACUUCUUCAACCCUGUCCCUGCUAUGAAGCUCGUCGAGGUCGUUCGCACCAACAAGACCAGCGACGCCACCUACCAGGCCCUCUUCGACGUCACUAAGCGCAUGGGCAAGGUUCCCGUUGCGUGCAAGGACACCCCCGGCUUCAUCGUCAACCGUCUCCUCGUCCCCUACCUUCUUGAGGCUGCCCGCAUGAUCGACCGCGGAGACGCCACCAAGGAGGACAUUGACAUUGCCAUGAAGCUCGGUGCCGGCUACCCCAUGGGCCCCUUUGAGCUCCUCGACUACAUUGGCCUUGACACCACCCAGUUCAUCGCUGAGGGCUGGGUUGACAAGGCCAAGUCGGGUGUUCUCCCCGAGGCUCUCGUCGCCCCCACCUCGUCCAUCGCUGACCUUGUCAACAAGGGCGAGCUUGGCCGCAAGAGCGGCAAGGGCUUCUACGACUACUCGAACGCCAAGAAGUAA